GAUUUUAGUGAGCGCGCGCCCCCCAUUCUCAUUAUCAUUUACGUGGAUAUCCAUUCUUAACCCAUCCUUCAUCCCAUGUCUGACCCCCGUGCCUUAAUACUCGAAGCUGAAAAGUACACCAAGCGCCAAACCGGCUUCCUUCUGUUCUUCAGUGGCCAAUCUCACUCGUCCCGCUUGGAAGACGCUUCCGAUCUCUACAUCCAAGCCGCCAAUCAGUACAGAUUGAAGAAGGAGUUUGACUCCGCUGGACAGCAAUUCGUCAAGGCAGCUGAAAUCCAGGAGUCCUUGGACAGCCACAACGAGGCUGCUAACCACCUCAUAGAAGCCUACAAGUGCUACAAGGGCGUUUCACCAACCGACGCCAUCAAUGCGUUAAAGAAGGCAAUCCACAUCUUCCUCACCCAGAAUGGCCAGUUCAGAAGAGCCGCCAACUUCACAGGAGACUUGGCUGAGCUCUAUGAGUCUGUGGGAGACACCGACAACGCCAUCCAAGCCUACGAGCAGGCGGGAGACUACUUCACCACUGACCACGCCGAAGCCUUGGCCAACAAGUCGUUCUUGAAGUGUGCUGACUUGUCUGCGUUGUCGGGAAACUACAAGAAGGCGGUGGAAUUGUAUGACACCAUCAUCAAGCAGCUGAAGAACAGCUCGUUAAGCAGAUGGAACUUGAAGGACUACUUCUUGAAGCUGAUCUUGUGCACUUUGGGUUUGGGAGACGUUAUUGAAGCCCAGAAGAGAUCCCAGCAGUACCUCGACGACGACCCCAGUUGGGAGCAGACCAGAGAGUAUGGCUUGAUCAAGGACAUAUUCGAGGCCAUCGACCAGGGAGACAUCCAGUCCUUCAGUGAUAAGGUGUUCGAGUACGACCAGUUCUCCAAGUUGGACAAGUUGAAGACCCAGUUAUUGUUGAAGAUCAAGAACAGCGUUGUUGAAAAAGACGAAGAGGACUUGUUGUAGUCAGCAGGGCUUGCUAGAGCCACCAACAAGGUCAUGACUUAUCCACCUAAUACACGAAUUCUACUAGUCUGCUUUAGUUAUACAUAAUAUUCCAGGUGAAUUGAACUAUUUAGUAAUCAAUACUUAAAGUGCAGACCGACAAGGCGGACUACCAAUAAAGAGAAGCCACAACGGCUUACUCUCUUGUUC